AUGGCAAAGAAAAAGAAUAACAAGUUGUUGGUCAGCACAGUGGAUGAUGAUGAAGAACAAGAUAAUAAUACUACAACUACAACAACAAACAAUGAUGAUAUAAACAACAAAGUGAAUGAUACUAAAGAUAAUGAUGACGAGGAUGAUGAUGAGGAGAAUGAACAAAAGUCUGAGUCAAAGGGAAAGAUGCAACAUAGACAUAAGUUGGAAUUGAAAAAGUUACAACAGGAUAUAGACAAGUUGAAUCAUGCCAUACCAAAGAAGGAUAAGAAGGCAAAAGAUGAACUAGCUGUGAAGGCAAAGAAGAUGGAACAGGACCUGUUGGCAAAACAUAAGGAGGAGAUGAGCAAGUUUGAUGAGCAACAGAAACAGCUUGAAAAGGCCAUUCAAGAUCAGCUGUUGGUCACUGAUCAACGUGCCAUCUCUAAAGCGCAACUCAAACGAGCGAAGCGUGCCGAAGAGGAAGAAGCCCGAGCCAAGCAACUCGAGGAAGACAAGAAGAACUAUGUAUCAAAGGGUGUCGUUGAGGCCAACGACUUUACAACCAAACUAAAGCCAUUGUCAAAGUCUAUUAAGCUUAUCAAAUCGGAUGGAGACUGCCUUUACAAUGCGAUCGCCAAUCAAUUGUUGGUCAAUGGAGUGAUCAAGGAGAAGGAAGCGGGUGGAUAUCACAAGAAGCUGAGGUCAAUCGCGGCACAAUACAUUCGCACCAAUCCAGACGAGUUCCUACCGUACAUUGUCGCAGAGGAGGACUUUAACGACGCGGACAAUCCCAUCGAUGACUACUGUCAGCUGUCAGUGCUGAAGGAUGGCUGCUGGGGUGGUCACAUCGAGCUCAAGGCAAUAUCAUCAUCACUCAAGACUCCGAUCAUCGUCUACAAUGCAUACGCACCAGACGUUCAACUUGGCGAGGAGUAUCACAAGAGCCACGCCACCAACAAGCCCAUCUGUCUCUCUUAUCACAAGUUUGCAUUCACUCUUGGUGAGCAUUAUAACAGCGUUGUGCCUGCUGCCCCCAUCUAUCAAGGCGACCAGGAGUAA